AUGUCGAACCAGCCCAGCCACCCCGCGUUGCUCAUCCCGGGCCCAAUCGAGUUUGACGAUGCCGUGCUGCAGUCGAUGAGCCAUUACAGUGAGAGCCAUGUCGGUCCUGCCUUCGUUGCAACCUUCAGCGAGACGCUUUCGAUGCUGAGAAAGCUUUUCCAAACCACCGAUCCUGCUGCACAACCUUUCGUUAUCUCUGGCUCCGGUACUCUAGGCUGGGAUUUUGUGGCCGCGAAUCUGGCAGAGGCUGGUGACGAUGUCUUGGUCCUACAUACCGGAUAUUUCGCAGACUCGUUCGCCGAUUGCUUCCAGACUUAUGGAGUGAAUGCAACACAGCUGAAGGCCCCCAUCGGCUCAAGACCCCAACUCCCCGAAAUCGAAAAGGCGUUGAAGGAGAAGAAAUAUAAGCUGUUGACGGUUACCCAUGUCGAUACUUCAACUGGUGUCCUUAGUGAACUUAAGUCGCUGUCAGAAUUAGUCCGCAGAGUCUCGCCCGAGACAUUGCUUAUUGUGGAUGGCGUAUGCAGUGUUGGUUGCGAGGAGAUCGAGUUUGACAAAUGGCAAUUGGACGGUGUCAUCACAGCCAGCCAGAAAGCCAUCGGAGUCCCCGCAGGACUGUCCAUUGCCAUGUACAGUGGCCGAGCGAUCAAGGCGUUCCAGAACAGAAAGACCCCACCUGCCUCUUACUUCGCAUCAUUCAAGAACUGGCUACCGAUCAUGCAAAACUACGAGGCCAAGAAGCCCUCAUACUUUGCUACUCCUUCACCACAGCUUGUCCACGCUCUCCACACCUCACUGACACAAAUACUCUCCAAGCCACUAUCCGAGCGCUUCGCAAUCCACCGGGAAACAUCUCAAAAAAUCAAGCAGGCCGUGGCUGAUCUCGGCUUGAAACAGCUCGCUUCCAACCCCGCCGACCAAGCCAACGGAAUGACCGCCAUAUACCUUCCCGAGAACGUCACUGCUCAGCAGCUGCUGCCAAGCUUGUUCAAGAAGGGUGUCGUUUUUGCUGGGGGUCUACACAAGGAGAUUGCACCAAAAUACAUCCGGUUCGGCCAUAUGGGUGUUAGUGUGACCGAUGCCAAACGGGGUGAUAUUGAUCACGCCAUUAAGGCUCUGGAAACUGGAUUGUCGGAUGUAGGAUACCAAAAGGCAUAG